AUGAACGCCGCUCCCAUCUCGUCGCCCAUCGCCCGCCACGGCAGCGUCUCGGCAGCCUCGUCGACGGCAUCGCAAUCAUCGCCAUCGCAGCAAGUCUUUGUGCCUCCCCAGCCGCAACAGCACCGCCAACAAUCGGGCGGUACCGAGACUUUCCUGCGCGACUUCAACCUCGUGGCCGAGGCUGCUAAACGAGCACAGAUGGCUUGUCUCAUGCGAGAUAUGGAGAGUUGUGGACUUUCAUAA